UGGUGCUGUCGGUGUUCGUCAUGCUGCUGCUGACCAUCCUCUUUGAACUGCUUAAAGCCUGGAGGCUGUGGCUGAGGAGCGGCGUUCCGCUCCAUCAGCCUGCCGACGCCGUCGCCUCCAGUCUCAGUGAGCGCUCCUCUGGGUUAGAAACCAGCCCCUCUGAGAGCUCACUGACCCCCAUCGAGUCCCGGCUUCGGACCACAAACAAAUGGACGCUGCAUGUCCUCCAGACGGUCCUCCACAUGCUGCAGGUGACCCUGGGCUACAUGCUGAUGCUCUGCGUCAUGUCCUACAACUCUUGGAUCUUCAUCGGGGUCGUCGUGGGCGCUGCCCUCGGCUAUUUUAUCUCAUUUCCUCUCGUAGAACGUAUGUCCUGCUACGGCUCGCUCAAAGAGUGACGGGAAGACAUGAGCAGAAGUUUUUAUUUAGCUAAAAAGGCUCGCGUGGAAAAUGAGCUGUAGGAGAGAAACCUGUGCGUGUGUGUAGGGUUUAGUUUAUAUAAACUUCAUUUCCUACACUUUUACAACUCAUGCCUUCAGUAAUGUUUUAACAACAAAUGUUGCUCAAAAGUGUGUUUUUGCUGCUUAAAAAUGAGCAUUUUCUGUUCUGAAAGUGGGAAUAAUUCUUAAAUCUAAAAGCUAAUUUGCACUCAGAUUUCCUGUCAGAUGUUGAAACUGAUGAGUCGUUCUUUUUUCCAUCGGGAGACGUGUUCCUGCUUUUAUCAGCUGACGCCAAUAAAAUGUUUGCUUAAAAAAACACUAAGAACAUCUGAUCGUGACGCAACAUUUCUGUGCUUUUGUGACAAAAUAAAGAACAAAAGCUGUUGAAAUCGUUUUAUUUCAUUCUCAAAUACAGUUUGUUGUUUUUGUAGGAGGAAAGGUCUACGGUUUGUUUUGCUGCACAACAAUAAAUAAAAGAAAACAGUGAUCUUGAGUUUAAA